AUGCCUCCCAAAGCGCCGAAGGGCGAAUACAUCGAAACCGACACCGGCAACAAAAUCUCCCGCCGCAGCCUCAUCCACGGCACGCAGCACAUCAUCCUCGGCGGGAAGACGGUCAUCCAAUCCGACGCCGUCAUCCGCGGCGACCUGUACCGCUCUUCCUCCUCCUCCUCCUCUGCCUCCUCCGCCUCCCACAAGCCCACGCCCUCGACCUCCUCAACCUCCGGCGCAGCUUCCGCUUCCGCCUCGCAAACGCAGACCCCAUCGGUGGCCAUCACCAUCGGCCGCUACAGCUACAUCGCGCGGCAGGCGAUCCUGCGGCCGCCGUCGCGGCUGCACCGCGGCGUGUACGCGUUCUACCCGCUCAAGAUCGGCGACCACGUGUUCGUGGGCGAGCGCGCGGUCGUCGAGGCCGCCAGCGUCGGCAACCACGUGCACAUCGGCCGGGAUGCGGUGGUGGGCAGCAUGGCCAUCCUCAAGGAUUUCGCGUACGUGCUGGACGGCGCGGUCGUGGCGCCGGGGAUGGUCGUGCCCAGUUGGUGUGUGGUGGGCGGGGCGCCGGCCCGGAUUGUCGGGGAGGUUGGGGAGGGCUAUGGGGUGGAGGGGGCCGAGGGGGGCAUGGCCAGGGAGAGGUAUCGGGUUGUUGGGCGGUGA